AUGGAAGUGGAUGUUAAAGGAGAGAACAGGACUAGCAUUUCUGCUGUGCCCCUGUCCAGUACAGUAGAGCGAAAUUCUCCAUUAAAAGUAGAAUCUGAAAAACCUCGUUGCUCUAGCACGCCAUGUUCACCAAUUCGUAGAACUGUUUCAGGUUAUCAGAUUCUUCACAUGGAUUCCAAUUACUUGGUUGGCUUUACAACAGGAGAAGAGCUUCUAAAACUAGCUCACAAAUGUGCAACUACAGAAGAGAAUUCUGGGGAAACUCUACCAACAUUUCGUGCCAAGCAACAUGACUCGGGACUCUCUCGCUCAUCUCGGAUAUAUAAAGCUAAAGGACGACACUAUCAGCCAUAUGAAAUUCCUUCAAUCAAUGGAAGAAGACGUAGACGAAUGCCAAGUUCAGGAGAUAAGUGCAAUAAAGUUAUUCCAUAUGAGUCUUACAAGGCGGCACAUGGCCCUUUGCCACUUUGCCUUCUUAAGGGUAAGAGAAUGCAUUCAAAGUCCUUGGACUACCUCAACCUAGAUAAGAUGAACAUCAAGGAGUCAGCAGAUACUGAAGUUUUGCAGUACCAACUUCAGCAUCUUACACUUAGAGGUGACCGUGUCUUUGCGAGGAAUAAUACAUGA